AUGGAUAAUGAACCAUCAUUAAGUUCAUCAUCAUCAUCCUCAUCCUCAUCAACUUCAACCUCAACAUUAUCAGAGGAAGUUUCAAGAGAAGAACAAAGUUUAAAAGAUUUAGAAUCAGAUCAUAAUAAUGACGAUAAUAACAAUAACAAUGGUAAUAAUGAUAAUGAUAAUAAUAACAAUCAGCCAAUAAAAACAACUUCAUUCGAAGAAACACCAAACAUUGAUCACCAACAAGAACAACAAGCUAUAAACCAGGAUGUCUUUAAAAAAAAUCAAGAGGAUGAAGAAAAAAUAGAAAGAGAACAAAAAGAAAAAGAAAACGAAGAGAAAGAGAAAGAGAAAGAAAAAGAAGAGAAAGAAAAAGAAGAGAAAGAAAAAGAGAAAGAAAAAGAAAAAGAAAAUAUUUCACAAUCUCCACCAUCACCCCCUCCACCUCCUCCACCACCAUCACCUCCACUCCCAACAAUUACAUUAAACCCACCACCAAAAACAGAAAAUAAACCACCAUCACCAAAACCAACCGUUACUUUUACAGAUACAAAUAAAACCAAUACGUCAUCACCAAAAACAAAUGGAAAUAAAAAAGAGGGUGCAAUUACAGCAAGUAUUUCAUCAGAAGAUAUUAUGGCACUUACUUCAUUAAAUGGUUCUACUGCAAAUGAUAAAGGCGGUAAAAGAACAGCAUCAACCAUUCUUAGAUCAAAAUCAUCACCAAACCCAGGUGCCAACAAUCCCUCGCAUAAUCAAAAUCAAAAUGGUGCCAUAGCCAACAAAGACGUAAACAAUGCUGUAAAUUUACCAGUUGUUAAUGAAGAGGAGGACCCAUUACCAAAGUUUCAACAUGAUUUUAGAUUACAUAGAGGCACUUCAUCUUGUGUGUAUUGCGGAGAAAAUACUAGAAUAUGGUCAACAAGUUAUAAAUGCUUUUUCUGCGGUGUAGUUUGCCAUAAGAAGUGUUUAGAAUCUAUGAACACGAUCCCUUGUUCAAGUGCAAUUCAUAUGAAUAAAUUAAAUCCCAAAAGAAGAAGCCAAACAUUUAGCCACCCAACCAAUAAUGAUAACUCAGUAGCACCUGGGUCACCAUCAUUAGUAUCAUCAUUAGCUGCACCACAACCUUCAAAUCAAGAUAUUCCAUCAUUAAACUCAACCCCAACACUAUCCCCAGCCAACGCUAACAACAAUAAUAAUGAUGAUACCUCUUCUCAAUUAACAACAUCAACAACAUCAACAACUUUAUCAUCUUUAAAUGAAUUAAAUGGAUCUGAAAAACCAGAUGAUGAUAUGAUUAAUUUAAUGUUUGAUACAUUAAUGGCAGAUUUAGAUUUAACAAUUCCAGCAUCCAAACUAUCAACUACUAGAAAAUGGUUAUUAUUAGAGCAAAAGUUUAAAUUGAAAAAAGAUGAACUAUUACCAGAAUAUUUUAUAAAGAAUCUUCAAGAACAGCCAUCCAAAUCAAUUUUCCAAUCACUUGUUGUUAUUCUUAGAACCAAUGUAACCAAAGGUUGGAUGAAUUCAUUUGUUGCUAUGAAUGGUGUAGAAAUAUUAUUUAGUUUAUUAUUAAAAUCAAAAAGAAAAGAUUAUAAAGACGACUGUGUUAUAUCAAUUGGUAAAGUUAUGUCAAACCCUAUUGGUUUAAAUGCUGUUGCAGGUUUACCAAUUGCUCCAAAAGCAAUUGUAAAAGUUAUUAGGUCAAAACAAUUUGGAUUAAAGAGUAAAGCAAUUGCUAUCGAAUUAUUAACAGUAAUGUUAUUAGAUAAAUAUGUCCCAGGUGGUUGUAGUUUAGUAUUGAAAGCAUUAACCAAAACUAAAGAAAAGAGAAGAUUUGCAUUCUUUGUACGUUUUAUUAAAGAUAACGAAUCUUUGGAAAUGAAGACCAAGGCAUUAUGUUUUAUCAAUGUGUUAAUUUUCGAAAUGGAGGAUAUGAAUGUUAGAGUUAAUAUUAGAAGCGAAUUCCUUCGUCUAGGUCUUUACAAUUAUUUAAGAGAUUUGAAGAAAGGUUUGACUCACGAAAAAACACUCUACACCCAAAUCGAAAUCUUUGAAGAGAUGAUGAACGAAGAUAACCAAGAGCUUGACCUUAGAUUAGAAGAUUUAAAGAAACAACUGGGUAUAGAUAUUGAAGAUGUUGAUCAAGUUUACAAAGCUCUCAAAAAUACAACUAAUAAAAGUGGACUUAAUAAAUCUUUAUUAAAUAUUCUUCAAAAUCUUUUAGUUAUCAAAGCGUGUGACCCAAUAGAUGGUACCAAAUACUUUAUAAUGUGCGACACCUUAAUCAAACAAAUAUCUUUACAUAAAGGUGGUUUCGAGGAUCCAAAUAAUUUCGAUUUCAGAGGUUUAAUGAUAGGUCUAGAAAAUGCUUCCGCUGAGGUAACCCUCAAUAGAAAGUUAGGUGAAUUAGAAAAACAAAAUAUUGACAAAGCUAUGAAACUCCAAGAGCAAGAUAUAAAUAUAAAGAGUUUAGUAGAUCUUUUGAAACAAGUUAAAGAAGGAGGUGCUAGUGAUCCAGCAAUGGUUAAAAAGAUUGAAGAGAUGAUCAAGUCAAUGGAACCACCUCCAUCAGCCCCAGAGCCAUCUGCUAUUGGGGUUCCACCACCACCCCCACCACCACCAGGCGGUAAGUUAGCAGGAGGUGCCAUAGUUUUACCAGGAUCCCCUGACGAAGCAGGCGCACCACCCCCACCUCCACCCCCACCACCACCAGGAGGAGCAGGCGCACCACCACCUCCACCACCCCCACCAGGUAAAGGUUUUAAGAAAGCACCAGCAGCUAUUCAAUGUCGUCCUCCACCAAAAGUUCCAAAACCAAAACAUCCAUUAAAAGCACUUCAAUGGACUAAAUUACCUCCUGUCAAAGUUAACGAAUCAUUGUUUGAUAAGCUUGGACCAAUGGACGAUGUUAAUUUACCAUGGGAAUCUAUCGAGGAUGAGUUUGCAGCCAAGGUUAUUAUUAGAGAAAAGAAAGUUGUUAAGCCAAAAGGUCCUGCACAAGUUAUUGAUCCAAAACUUGGUCAAAAUAUAAGUAUCUUUUUAUCACAAUUUAAAGGUAUCCCAACCAAACAACUUAUUGCUUGUAUUCAAAAUAUGGAUGAACAGCAAAUUUCACGUGACCAAGUCAAGCAAAUGUCCAAACUUUUACCAAGCAAAGAAGAUAUGGCAGCAUUAAAAGAGUACCUCCAAGCUGAAGAUCGUUCCAAACUUUCAGUUGCAGAUCAAUAUUGUAUUGAUAUUGGAGCCUUACCAUUUGCAAGUGAAAAGAUCUCGAUGUUUUUAUUAAAAUCCGAAUUUAAAUCACGUCUCGAAGAAGUAAAACCACAAAUUGGUGCAGUUUCAUUAGCAUGCGACGAAGUAUUCAAGAGUAAGAAGCUACUUCGUAUCAUUGAAAUCAUUUUAGUAUUGGGUAACUUUAUCAACUAUGGAACACCAAGAGGUGAUCAAAGUGGUUUCAAAAUCGAAUGUCUUUAUAAACUUGUUGAUACCAAAUCAUCAGAUCUCUCAUCCAAUUUAAUUAAUACCUUUGUAAAAUAUUGUACAGAAAAAGAACCACAACUUUUAACAUUUGCCGAUGAAAUGCCAUCACUUGCAACUGCACGUAAAACUAUUUGGUCUGGUGUCGUUGCUGAUGUAUCUUCAAUUGGUCGUGAUGUAAAUAGCGUAAAACAAAUGGUCGAAACUCUUCAAAAAGCUAAUGAACCAUUUAACCAAUCGAUUGUUACCUUCCUUUCAUCUGCCUCAUCCGAAGUAGAAAGAAUGAGAAAACUUUUAGAAUCAACCCAAGAAAACUUUAAGAAGCUUUGUAUAUUCUUUGCUGAAGAUCCAACAAAGGUUCAACCAGAAGAGCUAUUCGAUAUCUUUGGUAGAUUUAUAACAUUGUUUGAAAAUGCCACCACCCACCUUCAACAACAAAAAGAAGAACAAGAAAAAGAAGCUAAAAGACAACAACAAAAACAACAAAGACAAGAAAGAGCAGUUAGAAAACUUACAACAAGUAAUGAGGAUAAAAAUGAUGGUGGUAGUGCCGAUAAAAGUGAUGAAGAGGAUGUCGUUAACGACUUACUCAUGGCUGUAAGAGAUGGUGACGCUUUUAGAGGUAGAUUUGGCAGAAGAAGAGUUGCUAUUGCCUCAUCGAAAAUUACACCAAAUUUAGACCCAACUAAAAUUUUACCAACUUCAUCUCCCUCAAAAGAAAAGUCAUAA